CAGCCCCUCUCACACCAACCAGUGCUUUGCAUUCAGUGUCAGCAAAACCCCUAAUGUGAUCAAGAUGGAAGAUGUCUUCGGACUCUCCACUGCUCCUGGGCUGUCUGCGUGCCUCUGGGCUGUUCUUCGGCUGGACGUCCGUCGCACAGGGAAGCUACCAACUCCAGCCACAACCCUGGAGUAAAGACAUCCAGUUUGUCGGAUGGACAUGGGUUACUUCUACCUCCGGGAGAUUUUACUCAGUGAAUGAAUGAGCCGGCGACCUUGGAGCAACAACUGGAUCCGACAACAAUUUGUGGCUCCGUCAGCAGAUGUUUUGUUCUUGACUUUGUGGCAACGUGAUUAUACCGUAGGAACGGCGUUGUCUCUCAUCACCAGAAGCAAAUAUGGAUCCUGCAGGUGUUGCUGGUUUUAUCGACGAGUCAAAGGAUGUUCAUGAUUGAUGCCCAGAAGACGGUUGCUCCCAUCCUGCACAGAAUCUAAGGAUCAAAAGGCAGAAGCAGCCCCAUGGACUAGCACUGGCUACCAAAAACAUGCCAGUCGCCAUCCGCAAGAGAAGUUGGGAGGAUCAUGUGACUCACCCCUCGGGAUUACAGUACAGCUACGACGAUCUGGAUCUGAUCUGUGCCCAUGGCCUUGACAACCAGGGACUUUGGAGGGUUUCAGGGGCCUCCAAACAGGGUCGCUGGACAAGGUGUGCCUCCCUUCCGGAAGGCUGCCACAAACUCUUUGAAGAUGAGCUCACUCAAGUUACAGAUCGCAAGCUGAAAGAAAAGAAGAUAGUUUGUGGCCCUGGUAAAUGUAUGCUUGUGCCUCACGUCGACCACAUGAAAACCGCAAACUGUCGUGACCCAGAAGGGUCGGGCAGCCUCUCACCGAGUGACAGAAGUCCUGCUCCUAUUUUUCCUGCAACUGACAACAGCGGCCACUGUGAAGAAACUGAAAUUGUCACAGGGAGCGAGGAUAAUGUCUUUAAAGAUCCACAUAUCUCUCGUGAUAAGCAACAAUGCAUCUCUAUAUCUUCAAACAAUGGGCCCGCACUAUUCCAGCCUGGCAAACUUCCAAAUCCUCACCAAACAAAGGAGAGUCACACAGAUAGUUACAGCAGACCUCCUGAAAUCUCGGAGGCCACACUGACGCCCUGCUCGGCUGCUCCACAACAACCUCAGCUUGACCUCCCAGAUGUUGAGGACACAAUUUCCAUGCCUGGCCGAGCUGGUACAAAGAAAACCUUGGAGAGUCUUCUUGUGAUGUCACUGGAUAACAAAGUUAUGACUGCAUUGGGAGAAGGAAAAUCUGACAACGGAACAAUUGAAACCUGGACCACAGAUUCAGCUGACACACUGGGCGGAUUAAGUAACCCGGGAACCCGAAAUGAAAAAUCAGGACCUGAGCAUGAAGCAAAGCAGGACUGUGUCGGAGCACUGGAUUGUUGUGAAAUGUCUUUGCAGACACUGUUGGAGCAGCGUGAUGCCCAAACAUUAGCACUCAAAAAAGCCCGAGGGGAAGAAAGUAGACCAGAAGAAAGCUGCGGAAAAUCAGCAGAUGUCACAUCAUCUGAUACUUGUGCCAAAGUUGAGUGUUGCUCAAUCAACGGUGAAGCGCCAUGUGAGGAGAGAGAAGACAUCACCAGUCAGCGUGGGAGGACAUCUGCAGCUCAGCCAAACAAGGACAUGGACACCAGCUGUGCUGCAAGCCACCACUUAGAAAAUACUUCUUCAUCCUUGGACACCAUCCCAGAGCUCAGCCAGGCCGAGGCCGGCGGACGCCAAGCGCUUGCUCCGAUCACUAAAACCAUUCCGUCCCACGAGGAGGAUGACCGUACCGUGACUGGACAACACCCCCGAAACCUGCCCUCGCUUCCAGCAGAGGUCAACAAUGAGCUCCCGCUGGAAGAACUGCAUGGCGUGGGUUGCCUCAGUGAGUCACCUGGCCCGCUUGGUCAGAGCCAACGCCAUGUACAAAUGGCCGCCGUGGCUAGAACGAAGCAGACGGACGGCGCCGUGCAGGAGGGCAAUCCCGGUGACGCAUGCCCUGCCAGUCCAGCCGGAGGUGGGAUGUGCGAGUCUGGAGCUCACAAGACUGAAGACCUGGUUAAAGUGCGCAUGAAGAAGCGUGACCUCGCUCACCUGGACUCCAUGGUGCUGCUCAUGAUGAAACUGGACCAGCUGGACCAGGAGAUUGACCACGCCCUCAGCCUCAACUCCUCUGUCCACAUAAGCUCCGCCCACCGUCCGCCGCCACAACCGGACCUUGACUUGAGAUCAGCGCACCUGCAAGGCCCUGCUGCCCCGCCUUUCGUUGCCAUGACGACCCUUGGAGCAAAACCAAAGACUGUGAACACUGUCAUCCCAGAAAGGACACAACCCGAGAUCGAGGCCAAAGAGGCCUGUACCUGGCUGCGGGCUGCAGGCUUCCCCCAGUAUGCCCAGCUUUACGAAGAUGCUCAGUUUCCCAUGGACAUCUCCUCAGUCACCAGGGACCACGACUUCCUGGAUCGUGAUGCCAUUGAGGCUCUCUGCAGGAGACUCAACACCCUCAACAAAUGCGCCCUAAUGAGACUGGAGAUAUCGCCGCAAAGAAAGAGGAGCGAAGACUCGGAUGAGGAUGAGCCCUGUGCCAUCAGUGGUCGCUGGACUUUUCAGAGAGACAGCAAGCGCUGGUCUCGUAUGGACGAGCUGGAGGUUUUCUCUACAUUGUACACCGAUGUGGCACAACCACCUCCGGCAAAAGACCAAGCAACCAAAAAGCUGACCCUGUGCGAGGGCAACAGUUCUGAAAGUGUGCUGACAGAUCUCAGCGAGCAGCCUGAAGUGGGCUCCAUUCAUAGCAGCGGUAGCGGAGGAAGAGUGGAGCACAAGAGCCAUGACGCAAACCUUCAUUUACUGAAUGAGCCCAUUCCCGUCGGAGCCACCCGUGCCAGCUCUAUAGCGAGCAUGUGCUCCUCGUCAGGCACUGGCGGGUCGGGGUGUGCCAAUGAGGACUCUCUGUCCGACGGGCUGCCUCCAUCACCUUUGGAUACGCUCGGACAGUUCACCUUUGAUGUGAAAAUGGGAGAACUCGGGGGAAGUCUCGACCGUGGCGGCGGGAGCGGUAAAAGCACACGGUCCAGAGCCAAGAGCUUCCUCAAGAGAAUGGAGAGUCUACGACUCCGCAGCGGCACCACCUCCAAGAGGAAGAAGAAAGGCAGCACCAGUGGAGGGAAGAUAGAGAUCAGCGGCCCUGUCAUCAAAGAAGGUCUGGAUGAUGACAAGCUGCGGCAGCUCAACUGUGUGGACAUACCGAGUAUCAACUUCAACCAGAACCUCAAUCACCAACACAAUCCAACUCAGACUAUGACUCUUAACAGGAAUCGCUCCGUCUCAUACUCCACUCAGACCAGCAACGGCAGCACUGGGAGCACUGGGAGCAGCCAGUCUGAAGCGAGCAGCGGCAGUGCGGUGAGUACGCCCAGCCCGGUGACGCGGGCUCGUAGCCACAGCACGGCGGCAGGCUCGGCCAAGAGAGCAGGCAUGUACUUGGAGGGCUUCGAUCCCUUCAGCGUCCUGCAGCAGGCAUCAGAUCGCCAGCCGACGCCGCCGCCCCCGAAAUCUGCCCCACCUAUCCCGUGUCAGGCAAGUACUGGGAUGAGCAUUGACGAGCAGAAUCGAAGGAACAACCACAGAGUUCAAGACAAUGGCGGACAAGCUCAGGACGAAGAGGAGGAUGGUAUGAUCGUCUUCUAUUUACCAGAAGGUCACAAACCGGGCACUUUCCCCAAAGCUCUGCAAGACGGGAGCUCAUCCAACAACAACGGGAACGACAACGGGAACUCUGUCAUCCUGAGGGGGCGGCAAAGUAGACGCCAGCACCGCGUCUCUUCCAGCUCCGUGGACAGCCGCCUUAGUUUUUAUGACAAUGUCCCAAACAUUGAGAGGGAAGGGGACGAAGAAAAGCUGGACCAAGUGCUCCAACACGUAAGCGGCCUGCAGCGCUUCGUCAACGCCUGGUCCGAGGCGGUGGGGGCCGACGAGGAAGAGGAUGAAGAGGAGGAGGAUGAGGAGGAAGGAGACUCCGAUUCAGCCUUGGACUCUGCCUCGCCUUGUCCUUCCUCCCCUCUGCAGAACCAUCUGGAGGAGGCCGAGAACGGAAGUGACCAAGACAGCACGGGGAACCCGCUGCGGGAGGGCGAGGAUGGGAUGAGGGAGCGCCGGGACUCCGGUGUGGGAGCGUCGCUAACAAGAACCAGCAGGCCACAGAAACUGCGCUGGUUGAGCUUCCAGAACUCCCAUCGGCCCAGCCUGGCCUCGGCCCAGCUGCAGAUCAGCUGCCAGUCUGUGCUGCAGAUGAACCUCCUCCAGAAACUCUCGCUGCUGCAGCUCACCGCCCUGCUGGAGCGACACACCCCCACCAACAAACAUGGCUUCAGCUGGGCCGUUCCAAAGUUUAUGAAGCGGAUGAAGGUGCGUGACUACAAAGACCGGAAUGUGUUCGGCGUCCCGCUGCAAGUCAUCGUUCAACGCACCGCUCAGCCCCUCCCCCAGGGCAUCCAGCAAGCUAUGCGUUACCUGAGGAACCAGUGCCUGGACCAGGUGGGUCUUUUCAGGAAGUCGGGAGUCAAGUCCCGUAUCCAGGCUCUGAGGCAGAUGAACGAGGCCAGCGGGGCCGACGGGGGCGGGGUCAGCUACGAGGGCCAAUCAGCCUACGACGUGGCAGACAUGCUCAAGCAGUACUUCCGAGACCUGCCAGAACCGCUGCUGACCAGCAAGUUGUCCGAGACCUUCCUGCAGAUCUAUCAGUACAUGCCCAAGGAGCUCCGCCUCCAGGCCGCCCGCGCCGCCGUGCUGCUGCUGCCCGACGAGAACCGCGAGGCCCUGCGGACGCUGCUGUGCCUGCUGAGCGACGUGACGGCCAGCGUGGCGGAGAACCAGAUGACGCCCACCAACCUGGCCGUGUGCCUGGCCCCCUCCCUCUUCCACCUCAACACCCUCAGGCGCAAGGAGAGCCCCUCGCCCAGGGUGAUGAACAGGAAGCCCACUCUGGGCAAGCCGGACCAGAGAGACCUGAACGAGAACCUGGCGGCGACUCAUGGCUUGGCGCACAUGAUCCAGGAGUGCAGGAAACUCUUCCGGGUGCCGGAGGAGAUGAGCCGCUGCAGGAACUCUUACGUGGAGCAGGCUCUGUUGCCGCCACGUCUGGAGGAAAUGUCCGGAGGUGACUACCGGGCUCACCUGCGCCUCGGUCUGGACUCACUCCUCAAGGAGGCCAAGGACAAGUUCAAAGGUUACGACAGCCUGUCCACCCUCGAGCAGGUCGAGCUGUCCUAUCGCAAGGUCCAGGAUGGCUUCCCACUCAGGCUGUGGAAGGCGAGCGUGGAGGUUCCCGCACAUCCGGAGGAGGUCCUGACCCGCCUGCUGAGGGAUCAGGCCAGCUGGGACGAGGACCUGCACGAGAGCCGCGUGGUGCAAGUCCUGGACCAGAAGACGGAGGUGUACCAGUACGUCAGGACCAGCAUGGCCCCGCAUCCCAUGAGGGACCACCUGGUGCUCAGAACCUGGACCACGGACUUGCCGAAGGGGGCGUGCGCGCUGGUGGCCACGUCGGUGGAUCACGCGGCGGCGCCCGUGGUGGGCGUGCGCGCCAACGUGCUGCUGUCACGCUACUUCAUCGAGCCCUGCGGCGCCAACAAGUCCCGCCUCACGCACUUCUCCAGGGUGGACUGCAGGGGUCGCUUCCCCGAGUGGUACAACAAGCUGCACGGACACGUGUGUGCGGCCCGAGUGGCGCACAUCCGAGACUCCUUCAGUGCGCCCGCCGACAAAUGAGACUUUGUUUUUGUUUUGUUUUUACGGUCAUUCCAUUGACAAACUUUGCCUCCUGGAUUUGAAGGACUUUGGACCCUGACAGCAUCUUCCUAGCUUGUGCGUGUCCUGUCAUGUCCUGUUUGGGAGGAGGACACGCGCCAGGAGAAGUUGUUGCUUCUGAGAAGCGAGAGGUUGCAGUGAGGACUCUUGGCUUCUCCUGGCUGCUUAGUGGUGACCACAGUUGGGUGAGGGCCCCGCAGGUUUGGUGAGGGCCCCGCAUGUUUGGUGAGGGCCCCGCAGGUUUGGUGAGGGGCCCCGCAGGUUAAGCGACGGCUGAAGAAAGACGGGAAUGUGUGUGCUUUGAAGGGGAACUGCGCUUUUUUUUUUUUGCCAAAACUCAGUCAUUGACAAUCCUAAUGUAAGACAAGAACAAAAGUGUAGUUUUAUGCAUUCUAUGUCGUAAAAUAUGGCAAGUCCGAGGUGGCUAAUGGGGGUACAUUAUUCCGCCCAUAAAAACCUCUAAAAAAAAACAUCCAACAAUACUUUAUUUAUACGUCCUGACCUGAAUAUGAACCAGUAGUGGCAAUUUUGUUAUUGUAUGCACUAACGUAGAGGAAUUACUUUUGAUCACACGGAGCUAACUAGCUUAUGCUGCUAUAUUGACAUAUUGAGCUGCUGCAUGGCCUCUGAGCUGGUGAAAGUCAAUAGUAGGCGAUAAAUCCUGCCUCUCACCUGGAUAGUAGAAGGUUGUGGACAAAAAGCCGCAAGUUGGUCAACUUUGACAUCCAACUUACAGCAAGUCAAACAUCUUUGUUUUAACCCUUCCUGAGGAUUACAAUAAUUCUUCAUCUAAACAGGAAAAUAUCAGUCGGCAUACCGGUGAGAGCAGACAUUGUACAGUGGGUAAUUGGUUUAUUAUGUUCAUAGUUUGGAUUUCUAGUUUAGCACUUAGCAAUGCUGCUACUUGCUGAAUCUGCUUGUCACUCAGCUUCUAAAACUUCUAGAUCGUCCUCCUUAUAUUCAGCCUCAAAAAAUAUAAGUUUCUGAUCAUCGUUUGUCUCACAGUAGUCUUUGUUGUCUCUCAUCAAGUCUGUCAUGUUUAGUAGUCUUGUUGUUGUUGUUGUUGAAGGAAUUGGCGAACGUUGUGAUGCAUCUGUGAAUUUAAUACACCACUGUAUGCUUAAAAUGACCAAAAUGUGUAAAUAUUACAUGUUAUUAUGAAUGUUACUACAUGACAUAUAUACUUACUUCAUGUAUAUAUUACAUGUUAUUAUGAAUGUUACUAGAUACUACAUAUAUACUAACAUCAUGUAUAUAUUACAUCUUAUUAUAAAUGUUACUCCAUUAUGUAUAUACUUGAAGUGUGUGUAUAUAAAACAAUAAUGGAGAUUUUUGGAUGUUUUUAGAGCAACUUAUAGAUCGACGUCCAUUACCUCCAUCGUUAGCUGACUUUUGCUUGCAUUUAUUUAUGACUUAGAAUGCAUAAAAAAACAGAUUGUGAAUGAAAUAAACAUGUUCACGUAUUUAAUGGCAAAGGGAACAUUUUCCGGGGGUUGUGAAAAAUGUUUUUCCCUCUGAGGAUAAAAAAUAGAAUAUCUUGAGAGGGCAAAAAAAAAGAAUUGUUUUUUCUCGGGGGGGGGGGG